AGGAGGAAACAGCACGAGGAGGAUGAGAAUUACAGCUACACAAAGCACCUCCAAAAUACUCAUCAAGGUGGAUAUUCUAUGUUUUUAGGGGAUUUUUUUUUUGUUCUAAGAAGAACUGGAAUAAGAAGAGAAACAAAGGCUGCAACCCUCUAUGCUCCAAGCACCACGACGCUCGCAGCCAAGCUCCCUCGGUCCGCUUCACAGGAACGGGUUGUCGUGCGCCAUGAGUGGAGUAUUGUGGCUGAGUUCCACUGAGAGGAGAAUAUAUCACCUGACAAGCGCCCUCCUCCUUCUCCAUCACUACCAUCACAACCAAAAGGGUUGACUGAACCAGACACCGUCGCUCCCCCGUCUUGCAAACAGAGGCAGUGAACGCCUCACGUCAGCUGCGCGUUUUUGGAAGGACAGAACUUUCUCAAUACCUUAGGGGGGAAACUCCCAGGAACUUGUCACCCUGACUGGAGCGUGCUGUCAGGGUCUCCUUGUGAAUAGAUUGAUUUUAAAAGUCCAGCAAAGUCCUGAUAAAGUCCUGGGGCCACUUCAUCGAAGAUGCCGGUCCGGAGAGGCCAUGUGGCUCCUCAGAACACCUUCCUAGACACCAUCAUCAGGAAAUUCGACAGUCAAAGUCGCAAGUUCGUCAUUGCCAAUGCAAGAGUGGAGAACUGCGCCAUUAUCUUCUGCAACGAUGGCUUCUGUCACAUGUGUGGUUACUCACGAGCUGAGAUCAUGCAGAAGCCAUGCACGUGUAACUUUCUUUAUGGACCCGACACCAAACGUCUGGCCAUCGCUCAGAUGGCGCAGGCCCUGCUGGGGUCGGAAGAGAGGAAAGUGGAGAUCAACCUGUACCGCAAAGAUGGUCAGUGCUUCCUUUGUAUGGUGGAUGUGGUGCCCGUGAAGAAUGAAGAUGGCAUGGUGAUCAUGUUCAUCCUCAACUUCGAGGUCAUGACUGACGAGACACUGUGUGACAGAAAACAGGAGCUAAACCAUCGCAUUCCUACCUGGCUCGUCACUGGUCGUCCUAGAGGCUUCAAGUUGCGUCUUCCUCUGCUACGCUCCCUGUCCAAUAGUAAAGCGUCUCUGGAUGACGCAGAAUCUGGUCGGAUCCCGAUUGCGACACCUCUACCACUGCACCCAGUCGGCCACUGUCACGAGUCCCUCGGUUUGGGGGAGUUCUUGCCUCUUCCCCCUUUAACGACAGAUCACACGGAGCAAAUCAGUGAAAGCAGGUCAGCUCUGCAAGGUUGGUCAGAAGACCACCUGGAGGACCAACGUACUUUACUGGACUCUGUGUCUCCUGUACCCCCCCAUCCACCACCUCAGCACAUAACCCACCUGGCUGGACCCCUCACCCAGUCCUCCCCUUGCGUAGCACCUCACCAUCGCCUCAGCCUCAACCAAGACGCCUCUGGCUCUAACUGUUCCCUAUCGCGCAGCCGCUCGCGAGAGAGCUUCCACAGCAUGAGGCGUGCAUCGUCUGUCGAUGAGAUUGAGGCCAUGAGGCCUGACUGGGACCGGAAAAAUAGGAGAGCAAGUGUCCGACUAGGAAGCACUGGUGCAGUGAACAGUAAGUCCAACAUACUGAACUCCACGUCAGACUCUGACCUCAUGCGGUACCGUACCAUCUCCAAAAUUCCUCAGAUCACCCUAAACUUUGUGGAUUUCAAACCCGACCCCCUCAUCGCCCUGCCCACAGGGGAGAUGGACAUCAUUGCGCCUUGUAAACUCAUCGAUCGCACGCACAAUGUAACGGAGAAAGUCACACAGGUGCUCUCUCUGGGUGCAGAUGUGUUGCCAGAGUACAAGCUCCAGGCUCCUCGCAUCCACAACUGGACAGUGUUGCACUACAGUCCCUUCAAGGCGGUGUGGGAUUGGCUCAUUCUGCUAUUGGUCAUUUACACUGCCAUACUGACACCUUACUCUGCUGCAUUUCUCCUAAACGACCAGGAAGAAGCAGCCAGGCAGAGCUGCGGUUACUCCUGUUCUCCUCUCAAUGUGGUGGACCUCAUAGUGGAUAUCAUGUUUAUUAUUGAUAUCCUUAUCAACUUCAGGACCACAUACGUGAACUCUAAUGAUGAGGUGGUGAGCCAUCCACUGCGUAUCGCCGUGCACUACUUCAAAGGCUGGUUCCUCAUUGACAUGGUGGCCGCCAUUCCUUUUGACCUACUAAUUUAUCGCAGUGGGGAGGAGACCACCACUCUGAUUGGCCUGCUGAAAACGGCUCGUCUCCUCCGUUUGGUCCGCGUAGCACGAAAACUGGACCGCUACUCAGAAUACGGCGCAGCUGUUCUUUUCCUCCUAAUGUGCACCUUUGCACUCAUCGCACACUGGCUGGCCUGUAUCUGGUACGCCAUUGGUAAUGUGGAGCGGAACGGCUCGAUUGGGUGGCUCCACACACUCGGGGACCAACUGGGAAAACAAUUCAAUGACUCCAUCCCAGGAACUGGACCCUCCAUUAAAGACAAAUAUGUCACAGCUCUGUACUUCACCUUCAGCAGUUUGACCAGUGUGGGUUUUGGGAAUGUCUCCCCAAACACCAACUCGGAGAAGAUUUUCUCCAUCUGUGUCAUGCUCAUCGGAUCCCUGAUGUACGCCAGCAUCUUUGGGAACGUCUCUGCCAUCAUCCAGCGGCUGUACUCGGGGACGGCCCGCUACCACACCCAGAUGCUUCGUGUCAGGGAGUUCAUCCGCUUCCACCAGAUCCCCAACCCACUCAGGCAGAGGCUGGAGGAGUAUUUCCAACAUGCUUGGUCCUACACUAAUGGCAUCGACAUGAAUGCUGUGUUAAAAGGUUUCCCAGAGUGUCUUCAGGCGGACAUCUGUCUCCAUCUCAACCGGACUUUGCUGCAGAACUGUAAGGCUUUUAAAGGCUCCACCAAGGGCUGCCUCCGGGCAUUGGCCAUGAAGUUUAAGACCACCCACGCACCCCCGGGUGACACGCUUGUCCACGCUGGGGACGUCCUGACUGCUAUCUACUUUAUAUCAAGAGGAUCCAUAGAGAUACUAAGAGGAGACGUUGUGGUUGCAAUAUUAGGAAAGAAUGACAUAUUUGGUGAACCUAUCAACCUGUAUGCACGACCCGGAAAAUCCAACGCGGAUGUGAGGGCUUUAACCUACUGUGACCUUCACAAAAUAUUCAGGGAAGAUGUUCUAGAAGUGCUCGACAUGUAUCCUGAAUUUGCAGAACACUUCUGGAACAACCUGGAAAUUACUUUCAACCUACGUGAUACCAACAUGAUCCCUGGCUCUCCCAGUAGCGAUGAGUCUAAAUGUGGGGGAUUCAACAAAUUACGCAGACGCAAAUUAUCAUUCAGGCGACGCACCGAGAAGGAUGAUGCCGAUGUUGGUGAAAUUAAAAAGACCCAAAAGUCUGUAAACAGAAGAAGAGAGAGGGAAGCGUCCCACAACCAAAAACGUCAAGAGGCAGCAAAGAGGCAGUAUCGAAGCUCAGUGUCUUCCCAUUCUAGUGAUGAUGAGGGUGAGGAGUCUGUUGUAACCAGCCUUGCUCCCUCAUCGGCAAUGUUGGAGAACCAUCAUGUUCAGGCAACACAGAAAAACUUCACUGAGAACACAGACGUGGAUGGAGAGGUCAAGACUGGCAACACUUGCAAUGCACUGUCAGGGGCCCUCUCAGGUGUGUCGAACAUCUUCAGUUUCUGGAAUGAAAAUCGAGGCGGUGGUCAGUACCAGGAAGUACCCAGCUGUAGCAUAGCCUCUCCCCCUGCCCUCAGCACACCUUUGCACAGCUUGAGCCGCCAGCAACGCAACCAAUUGGACACACGCCUAGAUCUGUUACAAAAACAACUUAACAGAUUAGAGAGUCGCAUGUCAGCAGAUAUUGGAACGAUCAUGCAGCUUCUGCAGAGACAGAUGGCUCUGGUUCCCCCUGCGUAUAGUGCUGUAUCUUCACCGCCUCAGGCCUCACCAUGCGCUGAUCCAGGCACUGGUGAAAAACAGGUUCCGCCUAUUUCACAUCUAGAGACAAACACGCUGACCUCCGUAUCACAGAUCUUGGAUUCUCAGGACUUUGAGGAGUUCCCAAACACAUCUUCUGAGUCUCGAGAACUGCAGGACUCAUCUUUUAUCAACACCAGCCAGAACCUACACUCCUCUGGACAAAGCAUUUUAGGACAUUUGCAUCUUGGAGUUGGAUUGGAAUCUGGAGGUGCAACUGUUUCAGAGCCAGCAGUAGAUUUAGAUUUAGGAAAUGAUGCUGGAUCAGGUUCACAGUCUGGGCUAAGAAGAUCAGGGUUGGAAUUUUGUUCAGAGCUGUGUAUCGAUACUGGGGCUGAGCAAACAGAAGCAGUGGGAAUAUUUUCCCAGGAUUCUGAAACACAAAGGAGGUUGUCACUCCAAGAGUCACAUACACCUCAGGACUCACGGACACCACAGAGACACGGGUCCGACCCAGGGAGGAGCUAAGAAAAUGUGAAGGAUGCAGAGAAUGUGAAGGUUCUACACUGAGUUAAAGAGGGAGAUGUUGUAUCCUACUGGCUCUGUUUAAAACUUUGGAACAAAACCCCAUCAUUAUGACCUCAAAGGCCUUUAAGACCUUUAAGAUCAAUCCAGAGGGUAAAGGAGGGUUGAUGCCUCUCUCUUCCAAGAAUCUUCAUUUUCCUUAGGAACACCCAGAGCUCUUAAACUGUACAACCAUGAUUCAACUCCUACCCCCCAAAAAGAGCAGUGAGGUGUUCUGUCACGCAACCCAAAUGGAGAUUGAGUGUGACAUCACCACACUCUCAAAUGACUGCAAUCCUAUCUUAACCUUAGGAGUAUCCCUUUACUGCUGAAUGACUUAUCACGGACGAGCAAAGAGAAAAAAAACAGCAGACCGAAUAACAAUGAAACAAGUAGCCAUCAUCUAUUGCACUGAAACAAUUAUUCUAGUCUAUGUGUCAGUGGCGCUUCCAGAAACUCACAAACCGGUUGGUGAAAAUAUAGUGUUAGCUGGCCUAACAGGAAACCUGCUGUCCCGUCGUGUCAACGGUUCCUUGCCCCCGAUGUCCUGCGCCAACAGGUGGAGAAAAUGCUCCCCCCCUAACUCCCAAGAGCACACUUGACUGGCUGGUUUGCACCUCAGGGUGGGAACUGGAGGGUUAAAAAGCCAUGAAUUUUCUUGAUGAACAUAUCAGCUGCCCUACCAGAACCAAUGUUGACAUUUGCUCAUGGGUGACAAACCCCCAACAUACCUAGAUGGUGUCACAGACAGUCAUGUAAAUUGGCAAAACGUAAAACUUCCAACAUGAAAUCCCAUCCCAGUUUUCUAACUAAACUUUGAGCUGAGAGUUGACGUCCGCAGUGGGUUUAAUUUAUCAUUGUUGAAUUUGCUACCUCAGAUUACACUGGUCCAUUGUUUUUCACCUAAGCACCAAGAAUGCUUAUAAAUUGUACAUAGCAAUCAUGAGCUACUAAAAUAUACACGUUUGACAGUUUACGACCAGACGAAUGCGCCAUUAUUUCGUGUACAUUACAAUAUGCAAACACUGGCAAGAAGAAAUGAGAGAGUGCGCUUUAUUUUUGUGUGUGUUAAGUUUAAGUCCAAAAUCUGUAUGUAUGUCUUUCCGUUUGCAGAGCAUAACUCGGUACAUCGGCUUCGCUCACUGCAGAUAAACACUGGUCUCACUUUUUAAAAGAAGUUUUCUUAAUUAGGGUUUGUUACUGGCAACUUGUUAUUUCUCGAGGAUCUAAGCAGCACAUCCCUUUAAUAUGAAGUUACAAAAUGGUUAAAAUGCUAUAAGUGUCUGCCCAGGACUUUCUAAUCCUUCAUCAUAACAUUUAAGAAUUUAUAACACCACUUGGUACAUUAUUAUGCCAGAGAUAAACACUGAAUUCUUACCAAAAACAUGAGAACAUUGAGGCAUGACGAUGCUCGGACACAGGGUGAGUGUAACACCACUUCUUUCAUUUCUUUUCAUUGCUCGUAUAAAAUAUGAUGUCCCAACUCAUUCAACAUAACCUUUUAUUAUUUUUACCCCCGGUUUCAUUUCAAGUAUCCUUCAAACAACGUGGGCCUGUAAGCAUUUGACAGCUCAGGCUGUGCAGUUUUUAUAAGCAUAUCAUUCUUUUGUCCAUGGCUUGCCAAUUGACAUUGGAGUAGGGCUCCACAACACCAAUGAUAACCAAUUAUAUAUCACUCUUAGACCCUCUAAAGCUAGCUUUUUCUAUCAUUGAGAAGUCGAGUUUACCAAAUGUUCGAUUCUACAGUACAUGUUCGAGAAGUGUGAUGGCCACAAAGCCUAAACUGACACUGAAACGCAUUGAUGGACGUUAAAACGUCUUAUCAGUAAACAAUUUUACAACACAUCCAUUACCCAUUUGCUAAAAAUUGAGGACAGUAAAUCGUGACAUUUGGGGCACCUGCACAUUGAUUUGACUUCACAGUGAGUCAAUUGUGACCAUUAUGAUGCACAUAAAUUGUGCAUAUUUAUAGCUUUACCAUUACAAAAUGAUACCUCAUCAGGUUUCCAAUAGCUUCGUGCGGGGGUCAGCAACCCGCGGCCCUAGAGCCGCAUGCGGCACUUUAGCGCUGCCCUAAUGGCUCCCUGGAGCUUUUUUAAAAAUGUUUGAAAAUGGAAAAAGAUGAGGGAGGGAGAUAUAUUUUUUGUUUUAAUAUGUUUUUUGUAGGAGGGAAAACAUGACACAAACAUUCUUCUCAUUCAUUAAUAUUGUAAUGAAGUUAAAUUUGAGCCGGCAUCUUACAACAGAGUAGUCACAUAGUGCGUCAUUCUCUAUAGCAGUGAUCCCCAGUCUGUGGUGCUUUUGCUAGCUGGCCGCAAACAAAUAAUAAAUCAUUUGUUAACAACCGCAAUUUGGCCUGUGCCUCUUAAGACAUCAAUAUGCCUGUCUACUCUAUCGACUAAUCCAAGUAGAGAUUUGUGUACGUCGCCAUCUAGAGGCCAUCUAGGCCGCCAUUACUGGGGUGUUUGCACACCUAUAGCAGCCAGGCUUCAGCCAAUGUAAACAACAAUGUUAGCUGCUGUGUGCUGUGGGCGGCGACAUCUUUGGACAGCUUUUUUUUACUGGGAAAAGGCCACCUGUUGAACCAGAAGAGGAGCCUACAACCAAGUCAAUUCUGCAUAAUUUGUGGCUAAAAGCUAUCAAAUGAGUUAACAAAAGCAAAUGUACUGAGAGUUUCAUCCCUCGUGUUAAACCGUAUUGCUAAAGGCAAGAAAACUUUCACAGUUGGAGAAGAACUCACUAUGCCUGCGACCAAGGAUAUUUGCUGUUUUAGAAGAGGCAGUUGUUAAAAAUGGUUGAUUCAGCGUAUGGAGAGUUAUAUUUUCCGUGCACUUAACGUUCGUUUAUAGCCCCGUGGUGUUAUUUCAUAUAUUAUUUACCGUAAUUUUCUGCCACAUAUUGCUGUUGUUCUGUCAAAAUUUGCACCCAUAGUAUAUUUUACUCCUCGUUUACAUUCAGUUGGACUCUCAGUGUUAUCCAAAGGUGCUAAACAAGUUACAUCAUAAACAUACAUGUGCGACAUGAAUAUGGUGUAAAUAAAUGCUUAACGGCACAUCGAAGACUAACAGUGCGAGAGCGGCAUGCAGUUGAGUUGUGUGCAGCCAGCACAGGAUGUGUUUGAGGGGAACUUUUCAUGUCCGUCCAUUAUCAGACAUAACUAAUAUUCCUUUAUUUAUAGAAAUUUUGUAGUGUUUACUUUAGAACCGCUGCAUUAGCGGCCAUUUUUAACAUUACGCGCAUGCGUAGAACCGCAAGAUUGUAAUUUCUGAUGAGGUGCAAAAUCUCAUAGAAUACCGGUCGGUGAAAAAAAGGCCCACAUUACACCGGUCCGUGGUGAAAAAAGGUUGGGGACCACAGCUCUAUAGGAUGCCCUGCAGGGAAAAUAAACAUUUAAUCAUGAAGGCUCAUUAUGAAUUUGUAACCAACUUAGUCAAUUUGAUAGUAGGCUGUAGAUACAUACAGCAUGUGUUGCCUGCAUGAUAAUGCUUAUAUAAGGCUUUUAAUUUUUUUGCGGCUCAAGUCUUUUUUUUUUUUUUUUUUUUUGUCUAAUAUGGCUCUUUCAACAUUUUGGGUUGCCGAUCCCUGGCUUAGUGCAACUUCAAUAUUUGUAACUGACACAGUUCUAUCCUCAGAUUCAGCCCUGACUCAAAAAGUAAUGGGUAAUGUCCAUUAGACUCUACUCAAAAAAAAGUAACCGGCAAUGUCCUAUCCACCAUCAUCCAAUCCUAUCAUCCAUCCAUCUGAAUUAAUGCGCUUAUCUGUGAUUCAGAUUGUAAAAUCUAAGGGAAAACAUUUGUUUUACUAGUUUUUACUUUGUAUUUAUUUGUUCUUUAACACUGCAACCAAUGUUUCUAUUUCAAUAAGUUAUGUCUUAUGUGAAUAUUGUUUUUAACACAUUUGAACAAACACAAGGGUCACACAACAUCACACAACUGCUUGUACUAGACUUCAGAAGUUGCACUGUAAUGGGCAAAUAUUUUAUAAAACAGUGUGGUGUUUUGCAGUGCUCAAACAAAUGUACAUUAAAGAAAAAAUGCUUGAAAGUCGCACAAUCUACAGUGGUAGGCCUCACAUUCUAUGUUUUAAAAUAAUCAAAGGCAGCCCCCCCCCCCCCCAAAAAAGUCAUAUAUCCAACAUUGACAAAUUAUUUAAAAUAUUUACAUACAUUCACAACAAUUUUAGCAAAUUUUCAAGAUUUCUAACUUUCCUCCACGCCCACUUUUCUGUGAUCGUCUUCCCUGAAAUAAUUUGUACAUGAAGUAAUGGAGCCUCCAACAGGAAUCUUAGUGCAAUAGUCCUUUAAACUGAUUUGUAGCAGCCAAAACACUUCCAUUUAGUACGUUUUAGCACUUUAUAGUUUAAUCAGUGCAAAUGUUUAAGAGAGACUCAGGAAUGUGUCCUUUGGUUCAUUUUUCCUUUGCCUGAUAAUCAAAGAAGAGAGUCAACUUUUGCAGUCACAACCUAAAACUUUAAUUCUGGUGUUACCCCUUUAAAGCAACAUUUUGAAGAUUGUACAUUGCUGCUUGCUGGUCGAAGCAAAUUUAUUUAUUUAUAUUUCGAAAUAUUUUGUUGUCUGAGAAUUAUUGAAUGAUUUGUAAAUGUCGAAUCACAUUUCUGCCGGAUUUCUUUUUUUUUUUUUUUUUUUGACCAAAUUUGGGAUUGAUGAACAAGUGACUGAUGUCAUUUUUGUUACGUGAUUAAUCUCCAAUGAUAAAGGGUUAUUAUACUUUAUGCUCAACGUGUCCUCAUAAAAGUUGGUAAUUGGAGUACAGUAUGUGGCUGUCACGCCUUGUAAAGGUGCACUUUUAAUAUAGAAUCAAAGCAGAGGUGGGUAGUAACGUAACUUUUUGAGGAAAAUGUACUUUUAAGAGUAGUUAAUACUUGAGUAGAUUUGUGAAGAAGAAACGCUACUUUGGGCUACACUAGACAUUACGUUUUUCCUUUCUAUUCUGCAAAUGAGUUUUUAUUUUAUCUAUUUAUUUACUGACUGACUAUAUAUUUAUUUACUUUUGCCAGAUAUGCCAACAGUAGCGCUACCAGUUUCACCAUUGAGACGUCGCAACAAUAAUCACAUGACACCAUUAUACCACUCUGACUAAAGCUUGCCAUUCUGUGAUCAAGCCGGCGUGUUCAAUCAUGUGGUGCCUUUAAAGCACCGUAAAUAAUUUUAAGUAUUUGACAGAGAGCGCUGCCAUCAUCAUGACUCGAAAGCACGGAUUUUAACCACUCUCCCAGUUAUUAUUUGGCACCAAUUGACUACGGAGAUAUGAUUCUUUUAGUUUCAGAAGAGGAAAUAAGUUUUCCCCACUAGGGGGCACUCAUGCUUGUUGAACGAAUGAUGCUUCAUUUCUGUAUUUUUUUUCUCUCGCUUUGUAUUUCUUUGGCUUACUGUGGCUAUGUAGUAGGGUAUAGACUUAUUCUACUUCAAAGUAUAGUAAUAACAGUUCAUAUAGACAAAAAAAAAUGACAUUGCUUAUAAAAAUAGUAGUUACUCACAAUGUUACUCAUUACUUGAAUAUUCUUUUCACCAAAUGCUUUACUUGUACUUGAGUAUAUUUUUUGGCUGACUAAUUUUACUUGAGUAAUUAACGGUACUCUUACAUGAGUAAAAUUUUUGACUACACUACCCACCUCUGAACCAAAGCAAGUAGUGAUACUUUUGAUUCGAAACCUUUGAAGGAUGUGUAAACAAAAAUGUUGGUUGGACUUCAAAGUUUUAGCCAGCGUUGUAGCAGGAAUUGUUAUGUAUUUGCACCUGUCAGGUGGAAAAAAACAAUUUUUAAUAGUAAAAAUUAGGGCUGUCAAACGAUUAAAAUUUUUAAUCCAGUUAAUUACAGCUUAAAAAUGAAUUAAUCGUAAUUAAUCGCAAUUCAAACCAUCUAUAAAAUAUGCCAUAUUUUUUCUGUAAAUUAUUGUUGGAAUGGAAGGAUAAGACACAAGACGGAUAUAUACCUUCAACAUACGGUACAUAAGUACUGUAUUUCUUUAUUAUAACAAUAAAUCAACAAGAUGGCAUUAACAUUAUUAACAUUCUCUUAAAGCGAUCCAUGGAUGGAAAGACUUGUGGUUCUUAAAAGAUAAAUGUUAGUACAAGUUAUAGAAAUUUUAUAUUAAAACCCCUCUUAAUGUUUUCGUUUUAUUAAAAUUUGUAGAAUUUUCAGUCGAAAAAUAAACUAGUAGCUUGCCAUUGUUGAUGUCAAUAAUUACACCAUGCUCACUCAUGGUACUAACCCAUAAUAUCAAUUGGACCCAAACGCCAGCAGAAGGCGCCAAACACCAAAAAACAAGUAACAAGCGGACAUUAGACUAUUGUCAUUUUAUUCUGUUUGAGCGGGGCAUGUGCGUUAAUUGCGUCAAAUAUUUUACCGUGAUUAAUUUAAAAAAUCAAUUACCGCCCGUUAACGCAGUAAUUUUGACAGCCCUAGUAAAAAUAUUUUUUCAUUUAUUUAUAUUGCAUUGCCGGAUUCACAAUUUUCAUAAGUCAAGCACCAACAUUUGUCCGUUGUCUGAAAUUAGCAGAAAAUUCCAUAGGUGUUUUUAAUAUUUUAAGAAUAACAUUUUUUUUUUUUUCGUUUUUUCCUAAAGAAAAAUCAUACCUCCCCAAAAUUGGAAGUACCGGUAAAAUGAAAAAAUUGAGCUGAUAUUCUCUCUCUUUUUCAGAUUCCCUUUUACAGAUCAUACAGCUCAGAAAUUGUAAUUCAAUUCUGUUUUUCUUUCUCUUAAUAAUGUUUGAUACGCCCCCAAAAUAUUGCUUCCAGGCAACAGCCACCCCUAUGUUAUCUUAAUGCUGCUUUUCCUUUUCUUGUGUGAGAUUUGCCUACAACCAUUCAAGAGAAGCAGAGAGAUGCUUUAUUUUACUUCAUAUUUUAAAACCAUUUCUAUGUACAGUAUGUGUUGUGUGUCAGUGAGGCCUAUAACUAAAGACUACUGACUUCAUAUAUCCAGCAAGAAGUCAAUCAAAUAACAUACGAUUUUUUUUUUCUUACGGGUUAGUUUGCUUUCCUUGCCAUCUCAUGUACUGUAGCGAGUGUUUUCAUUUUGUUUGUUUGAGUACAAUAAGUCACCUAGUGGCCUGAUCUGUAAUUUAACAUUCAGAACUAUGACCUCAAAUGUAGAAUGUGGUUGUAUCUUUAUUUGACCUUGUGUCAGUAGAACUAAGCGUAAUAUUCAAUGUUAGAGAAUACAUUAUGUAAUGCAUACUGCAUCUUAAAUCGUGAAGGGUAAACAGUGAAAAACAAGACGAUGAAUUUGCACCCGAAUGGGUAAUGUUAGUGCAUGAGAUGGAAAGGUUUGUUUAAAUUAGAAGUCUUUUAAAUCCCACUUGAAUAUGCAUUUAUAAGCAGUGAAAACAAAACAUACUCUUAAACUAGCGCCUGCGCUCUCUGUCACUCGCUUGCUAGCUCUUCCACACAUUUGGAGCUUUUUUUCAGCUCUAUUCAACUUUCUAUGAGUUCCAACAGACUUGUAUACUGUAUGUAGAUAUUUUGAGCACUUAACGUUUACACAAUACUGGAUCUACUUAUGUCACUCUUUGUCUGUACAUACCAACUUGUACUUCUUGUAAAGGUAUCGAAACUUUGGCACUCGUAUAGCCAGCACUAUGCAGAAACUGAAACAUUUCUUUGGCAUGCUUUGAAAUGCAGAAUACUAUAGACGAUAUUGUGAAUAAAGUUUGCUCUGAUUUGUUAAGAGAAAACUUGCCCUAUUGAAGAAAAAAAAGUGGUUAAAGCAGAUGAUGACCGGGUUAAAGACUUUUAAUAAUGUGCACAUUUUUACUUGCAUGCUGCACUGAAAAUCUUGCAGAAAUGAGGGGAUUUGAUGUGCAAAACAGCUGACUUCUGCUGUAUGCUUGCGAAGUGUAUGUUGAGUGGAUCAUGGAAAUCUUCCAAAAUAUGGGAGAGUCAUAUUUAUAUAUUCAGUACAGUACACAUAUACGUACUUACCUCUCUCAGAUUAUGGGAGAAAGGGAUACUGAUUAACUGCAAAUAAAGUAAUGUAGAAGAUACAAGUUUAUUGUAUAUUUGUAUCUUUGGGUGCAGACAGCUGUAAUGGAGUGAUGCAUGUAUGGUAGUCCUGGACAGAACUGUUCCCUAACUUUUAGGAGCACUUGAUUUCGGAAGCCUACUUAAAAGGAAGCUAAAUGAAGUGCACCUUAAUUACAAACCCUGGUUUAACCCAGCUCAGGGUUUAAAGGUUAAACUCUUGGAAUGUCUGUUGUUAACACAUCUGAGUGCAGUUUUCAAUACAUAUGCUGUAUGUUGUGUUUUACCAUGGAAUUCCAGUUCUAAUUUGUUCAGACAUUUGGCUUGAAAAUUAAUGCGUUUUGUGAUGGUCAAAGGACAGUCACUGAAAUAUUGAAUUAUUGAUUAAUAACAAUCACUUCCAGUAUGAAGAGAUAUAAAGUUCAUUCUUAUUCCAUAUCAUAUUUUGGAAAGACUUGAGGGAAAAUUGUGCAGCUCCGGGCUCUGAUUGUGUGAUAGCAUUAUCAAUGGUUGAAGUUUAUAAAAUUUCAAA